AUGCCUUCCAUCCCCCACACUACCCUCUCCCCUCUGGCGCCGCAGACGACACCCAGCGCCCCUCCGACCCCCGCGUCUGCGCUGGAUACCUCGUCGGGUGUUUACACGGUGCUCGCACUCCUCGCGGUCGCGUUCUGCGUCAUCUCCAUCGCGGUGUGCGUCACCCACGGCCGCCGCCGUCGACGCCGGAGCAUUUGGGUCGUCGACAACGUCGAGGCGCAGCACCCGACGGGCGACCUCAAGAGCAACGACGGGCUCAGGCACGCGUUCUUCGCGUCGAUGGCCUCCACGGGCCGCUCGCCGUCGACUCCGACCGCGGACGAGAUCAUGUGCAGCGGGUCCGAGAAGACGCACACGGGUCUCGCGGGCCUCCCUCUGCCCGCGGUCCACGGCGCCAACAAGCGGUACAGGACGAUCCGGCACUCGGUCGUCUGCCGCGUGAUCGGCGACCUUCCCUGGGCGGUCGACGCGGGCAAGAUCGCGCCCGUGCACUCCGGUCCGUCCCCCGCCGGGGCCAACGCUCGGGUUGACAUCGAGGCCCCCGCCGCGCCCGCGUCCGAAGAGCGUGCCCUGUCGUCGCCCAUCUCACCACCCGUUGGCCUGCUGCCCACCCCGUCGUCUCCAGAGCUGCCGUCCCCGUCCAACCCGUCGCUCGGCUACCCAGAGUGUGUGCGCCGGCACCUCCCUGCAUUCCACGAGCACUUCAAGAGGGACGAUGCCGCCGCGCGACCUGCUUUCCUCGCCGCAGCGCCCAAGCUCGUUGCGGCCUGCUCCUCCGUCGUCGUACCACCAGAGGUCCCCGCCAUCGUCAUCCAGCCCUUCAUCGAGCAGCUCCCCGAAGACGUCUGCCCCGACAGUCCUUCGAGCAUGUACAGCCAAGACAACGAACAGUCCGGUGGUCCGCCCGAAAGCCCCUGCUCCAUAGGCUCUCCCGCGACGCCUGCGCUCGACCCGUCCUCUCCUGGAUCCCCGGACAACAUCGAGUCCGCCAUCGGCUCGCCGCGCGACGGUCCACCCACGCCCGAUGUCGACCCGGCCGCCCUAGGAGGUCCACUCGUCAUGUCGUCGCCAAGUACUGCCCAACUCGCGUCCCCCGUCAGCUUCUACUUCCCGCACCACUCGUCCCUCGAGGAGCGUGACUACCUGCAGGUCCCCCCGGCGAGCUGGAACGCUCCACGGCUUGAAGAGGAAGAAGAACAGCGAUGGUCCGUCUCUAACGUGUCGGGCAAGACGUUCUCUCUCGGCGAUCCACCGGGAAAAAGGUGGAGACGAGGCAGACGAGGCAGCAGCUCCUCAGAGCCCGGGAGACGUGGCGGCGUGGGUGGACAGGAUGGUCAAGGGAGCAUGGGACUCGGGUUCACCGUCCGCGCUGCAUCCGCCCCUUCUUCACCCUCGGCGCCAUCUCGACGCUCAAGUCGACCUCCUCCCGUCCCGUCGCGCGGCACCCUCAAGGACCUCUAUGACUUCGGCGAAGCCCAGGACCGGCGGCUUCUCGAGAUCCUUGACCGCGAUCUACGAAGACAAGCUCGCUCGCGAGCGGUCUCUUUCCCUCGCCUCCACGCCGCUGGGGAGAAAUCUGCGAGCUCAGCCGACUGCGAUGUCGAGAACGACGACAAGCCUGGCAACGCCAUCCUCCACGGCAAUUCCAACACGAACGGUGACAAGGACAAUGCUCAAGGCGACCUCUUCUCCGCUCAGAGGGAUAAUUCCAACGACGUGGGCGAGGAUUCCGACGUGUCCGACCUCAUGUUCCACGAGUUGGCCGACUUCCUGGCCGGUACGGCGGGUGUACAGCUGCCGUCGUCGCCGGACAUGGGGUUUGAGGCUGCGGAUCCGGAUACUUCGCUCGUGUUGGGGUGA